AUGGCGAGUCUCUUGAAUGGGCCAGCAACUCCUGCCCCGAACGGCACCGAGUCGAAUCUAGAUAAUCCGCCGAACGGAAACUACAUUGCGAUUCCCAUCAUCUCCGUCUGCGUCGUCGUUACUGUACUAUCCUAUGCGCUCCGCUUCUAUGCAAAAUAUCUCUUGAAGUCCAUCAAUGUCGCCGACUAUUUGACAAUUAUUGCAUUCCCACUCUACUGGGCAUAUAUCUACUAUAGCUAUCGCCUCAGCUGGACUCCCGGCUAUCUCGUCCAUGAAUGGGAUAUCCGCUUGAAGGAUAUGGCUGCCUUCUCAUAUAUUUGUUGGAUUGCAACCAUCCUGUACCUCUUCAUCGUCGCCUUGGUUAAAUGCGCAAUUCUGUCGGAAUGGACAAACUUGUUUUUCCCAAAAGGAACACGCAACUGGUUAACUUAUAUAUGGUGGACAUCUGGCGCGCUCAUUUCUAGCCUCUCGUUUAUACUAUUUGUCUUGGACCUUGUCAACUGUACACCCUUUUCCGGAAAUUGGGAUCCAUUGGCCCAGGGUAGAUAUUGUCGCUUCAGCGUCCCGGCAUUCAGCGUCGCAUCGGCAGCUACCAAUCUCGGGCUAGAACUGAUCCCUCUCACCAUCGCGCAGAAGGUGAUCUGGAGCAUGCAUCUGACCUGGAAGAAGAGACUGGGCGUCAGUGUCAUAUUCCUCAUCAGUAUCGUUGGCUGCGUUUCAAGCACGGUGCGACUAUACUACUCAACGCGUUUUUAUACAUCCAGCGAUAGCAGUUAUUAUUUCUCUAUACUGGCGCUUUGUACCCUAUGCGAAACGACUUGCGCCAAUCUGGUGCUAUGCGUGCCGUCCGUACCGAAGGUUGUCAGAGGUCUGAUGCAGAGCAGAGUAUUUAAAAGGCUGAGGUCCCGCUUCACCAGGACCAAUGCAUCGAACACUACGGACAAUUCCAAAGAUACCGGGCUUUCCUCCAAACUGCAACCAGAUUGGUUUAUGAUGGGAGCUAGGGGUAAACCCGACAAGACGACAUAUACAAAGGAUGUUUACCAUGAAAUAGUGUGA